GUGUGAUGAAUGACAUUCUGCAGCUGCUACUCCAGGCCAUCUUCACUCUACAAGAAGAGGAAGAUGAUGAAGUGGAGGCAGACAACACAGUAGAAGAAGUGAUGGAAGUGGACACUGAGGACAUAUCAAUUCAGGAGGCAGUGCGUUUGGCCAACCGUGCUUCCACUUGGAGCCAAGUACCAUGGUGUGCCCCUUCAGAAGGCACCACUUGAUGCCCUCACCUCUCAGAAGUCCUGCGCUUGCACAUCCUGGCCUCGGGAGCACUAGUGUAGCUAAUGCCAGAUGGAGACAUUUCAACCGUGGUGGCUUUAAGAAUCGGGAUGACCCGGGGCUGCAGUUCAAGUUGGAAGAGCCAGCUAUCAUCAAGGCCCUAAACACACAAGCAGUCUCAGAUCUGCCUUUAGCAAACAAGCUAAAAAUCCUCAGUCUCCUGGUUGGGCAAAUUCUAACCUACGCCUCAGUUCGUGAUGUCAUUGAUGAGAACAUAGAUAAACUGAAGGAGAUGAAGAACAAGUUGCGCAUUCACCAGUUGACUCAGAUAAAGAAGGAAAAGAUCGAAAAUGCUGCUCGAUUGCAGGAGAAAAGGGAGAGAAAGCAAAAAGAGAGAGAGAGGCUGCUGAAGGAAGCUGAGAAAAAAGCAGCUGCUGCAGCCAUGACAGGGGAGCCAGACAAACCUAUCAAACUGGAUGAGGAUGAUGAAGAAGAGGAGGAGGAAGAGGAAGAGGAGGAGGAAGACGAGGUAGUGAGGGCAGCUCGACUUCUGAAGGAAGAGAAAAAUAAGGAGGCCAGGAGACAAGAUUUCCUCAAGAGAGAGAGAGAACUGAUGCAGCAGGUACUGAGCAUGGCAAAGGGUGUGAGCAUCACUCCACUUGGCCAAGACAGAGCCUACCGUCGUUACUGGAUCUUCAAUUCAUUACCAGGUCUCUUGUAGAAGACAAUGAGCUAAAUCCAGGCACUUGUAGGCCAACACCCACACCCUACAACCCUGAUUCAAACCUUGACAUGACAGAAGCCCUCCAGGAUCUGUUCAGAGUCCAGGCUGAGAAGAAUAUCGAGAUGAUCAUUACUGAAAAGGAUGACAAGAACAACAGCGACAAGGAGAACGAUGGCAGCGACAGCCCAGCCAAACAAGGGAAAGCUUCGCCAAACAAGAAAUUGCUGCAGACUCCUGACCAGAACCAGCACCCAGACCAGAUCGAGGUUAAGAAGCAGCCUUCUGCUGAGGGAGUUGAUUUAAUUGAAAAGAUGGAAGUCAAUCCCCCACACUUGACAAAUGGUGAUGUGAAAAUGGAAUGUGAAGUUGAUAGUGUGAACAAUGUGAUGGUUAGU